AAGAGCGGGCACGUGCUUGGGCCGGGAAGGGUUCUCGGAGCGCGAUUGGCUGGCGCGAGCCGGGCGGGCUGAGCCAGCGCGAGAUGGCGGGGCGCGGUCGCGGGUGGCCGCGGGAGCAGCUCAACGGGCUGCAGGCGCGGGCCGGGGGCGGCGCGUCUCCUUACCAGCGGCUGGGCCAACGCAUGCAGGAUGUUACUGGUGACAGAGGGGUGUUAAAGGAGGUUAUCCGUGCCGGCGCAGGAGAAGUUGUGCCCCAGGAUGCUUCUGUGUUAGUGAAAUAUUCUGGGUACCUGGAAUACAUGGAUAAGCCCUUUGACACAAACUGGUACAGGAGGAAUCCUCGGCUGAUGAAACUUGGAGAAGAGAUUACACUUCAGGGCAUGGAGGUUGGCCUGCUGACCAUGAAGAAGGGAGAGUUGGCAAGAUUUCUCUUCACACCAAGUUAUGCCUAUGGGGCAUUGGGCUGUCCUCCUUUGAUUCCCCCUAAUGCCACAGUCUUGUUUGAGAUGGAGCUUCUGGACUUUCUAGACUCGGCCGAGUGUGACAGAUUCUUUGAUUUGACUCCUGAGCAGCAGGAUACGUUCCCACUACAGAAGAUGUUGAAAGUGGCAAACACAGAGAAGGAGUUUGGCAAUUACCUCUUCCGCCAGAAGCGCUUCAUGGAUGCCAGAGAGAGAUACAAGCGGGCCUCCUUGAUCCUGUGUCGCAGGCCUUCUGGUGGGGAUGAGCAGUGCCAGAUUGAUGCUGCCAAACUGCUGGUGUUUCUGAAUCUGUCAUUUACUUACCUGAAGCUGGAGCGUCCUGUCCGAGCUCUGACAUAUGGAGAAAAGGCACUGGAGAUUGACGAGAGAAAUGCCAAAGCAUUAUUCAGGUGUGGCCAGGCUUGUCUCUCUCUGACAGAAUAUGGAAAAGCUCGGGAUUUCCUUGUCAGAGCUCAAAAAGAACAGCCCUUUAACCAUGAUAUUAACAAUGAGCUGAAAAAGCUGGCCAGCUGUUACAGGGACUACAUGGAUAAGGAGAAGGAAAUGUGCUGCCGAAUGUUUGCUCCUCUCAGCUUUUCUCCUGUGGAACCAGAAAUAAAGGCAAGCCGGGUCCCGAUCCUCUGCUGCGAAGCCCUCAGACUGUGGGACGUCUGUAUAGCCCAUGACAUCCACCUGAAGGCCUUCCACCUGCCAGGCGCCCAGAACGAGAGGGUGGAUCGCUUGAGCAGGGACUUCCCUCACAACACGAGUGGUCUCUCCACCUGGAAGUGGCCCACUGGCUCUCCCAGAGUGCUUUUGCAGAUGUGGCCUUCAGGGGAAUCCUCUACACACCAGCGGAGUGCCUCCGCCAGAUACGGCCAAGAUGGAGCAAGGAGGACAUGCUCCGGGCGGGAGGUCCUGCAGUACGCUGAGGCAGGAAAAAGGGAACGCAGGGAGUGGAGAGAAAUUGAAAGGCGUGUCAGCAAAGGAAAUCAGGACAUCAUUAAGGAUGCCACUGAGUGAAUGAUAAAAGUAAUGGAGCAGCAAACAGCGAUGCUCAAGUCCCUUGUAACGCUGCAGUCAGAACAGAUGCGUGCCCACCCUCCCCCGCAGCAAAUUCAGAACCGUUUCCAGGUCUCCCCAAACUCCACUCGCACAUUCCCGGACACUUUCUGGAACUUCUCGGCUUCCCAUUCACUCCACUCCUUCGGGCAGCUUUCAAAAUGAUAGCUGGACCUCUGCCCAGCUCUGACGGUCUGCCCUUCCCUGCCCCCUU